AUGUCACAGGAGGAUGGGUCCGUCCCCAAGGCCAGCGCCAAUGCGUGUUUGGCUUGUCGGCGAGUCAAGAUGAAAUGCACCAUGACAAUAGACCCUGUCAAAUGUGAUCGCUGUGUGCGUAAAUCAAUGGACUGCGCGUUUCGCGAGCAUCGCCGGGGUAGAAAGCCCGGUACACGGUAUGUGACCGGUCGCGCAUACGACAGAGAUCCCAUCAACUCAUACGGAAAUAGGUUGGUCAAGGCCAAUUCCAAACGGUCGCUCGACUCCAAUAUGCAGGAAGCUGUUCCCGAGCGAUCAAAUGCCGAUUUGCCGCAACCAAGCUCACCGCGCGAUGAGCGCGUCUCUGAUUUUUGGACUGGAUCGGAGGGACUGCAGCCCGAUGGGCUCUUGAGCCACCAGGCUAUGAAGGGAAAGUUUUCGCUUCAAAAUAUUCUCAGCACCAAUCAUGGUUCGACAUUCAAUCCCCCAGCUGAUUCGGUCUCCUCCGAUGAUCCAAUUCGGUGUGGUCUUGUCGGUUAUGAAAGUGUUGUUUGUUUGUUUAGAAGCUUCAUGACCGAAUUAAAUCCAUAUAUCAGCCAACUGGAUCCUAACCUUCAUUCAUUGGAAUAUGUGCGGCAAAAGUCGUCGUUUCUCCUAAGUGCCAUUCUCACAGCGGCAUCCAAGUCAUUUGAACCUGCAUUAUACCCGAGCCUUCAUGCACAUGCUGAGAAAUUAUUCCUAGAAGCUUUCCAACGCGGUGACAAGUCUACCGAAACUGUCCAGGCUAUCAUGAUCCUCACAUAUUGGAAAGAACCAAACGAUACAAGAGCCUGGAUGUCUGUUGGCCUUGCCAUUCGCAUGUCCAUGGAUCUAGGCUGGCAUAAACUAGGAUCAAAUGCAACUCCUCCAGAAGAUCUCACCGAAGCCCGGCAAAGAAGUAUCAGAAAUGACGAGCGCACCUGGCUGGUGCUGUUUGUGUACGAUCGCAGCAUGAGUCUGCAGACAGGGAAACCGUGGAUGAUCGAACGGAGCCCUUUCAUUGAGUCGAUCCAGGAUUGGUGGAAGCAUCCGCAAGCCAUCGACAAUGACCGACUUCUCUGCAGUUUUGUCGCUCUCCGACUGCUGGCAGCGGAGGUUUUUGACCUGCCCAAUCCUGGAAGUCAGUAUCCGGCUCCUCGGCCACUGGCCGUUCUACAAAAUCGCAUCGAGUGGUGGCAAGCCAAGUGGCUGGAGGUGACAGAUCCAGGAAGCUGUCACAACUUCUUGAUCCGAUUUUAUGGCGCCCAUCAAUCUUUACAACUGUUUUCCAUUCCGCUCCAGGAGACUUUGAAGAAAAGCAAGUUUGACGAAACAUGCGAUCUUAACCCGCUUUGGAUCAGCUAUCACAGCGCCAUGACCAUGCUACGCUUGAUGCCCGAGUUCUCAUCUUUCUUGAGUCUCUGCCAGGAUUCCAUUCAUGUCAUGACGGCUUAUUCUGCUGUCCUUCUUAUCAAGCUCCUUCUCUCCUCCCCACAUUCCAUAACCCAAGAGAUUGAGUCCGACACCAUCGCAACAAUCAGUGCCGCAGCAGAUGUCCUCACUGCCCAAUCCUCAUCCUCAGGCAGCUGCAGCCUCCAGUCCAAAUUUCUCAAAAACAUUCUCGUGGAAUUCUCCACGAUCCGCCGCCACCGUCCAAUUGCAAUGCGAACUGCACCCCGAGCGACCGACAGGGCUCACGGAUUUAUUGACUCCAAUCUCGCCCCGGGUUCCGCAGCUACCUCUUUCCCGAACUCCCCCGCAACAAUCCAAUCCCAAUCCUCAUCUGUACAACCCACGGAGUCUCACACCUUUCCUACCCCGAGAUCUUUCCAGCCACAACCCACCCCCGCAAACCUAGAUCAUACGCUUCAACAUCCACAACCUCCUCCCCAUCCAUCAUCUAUUCCGCAGCAUCUCUUCCGUCGCCUGCCGAAUCAACCGUACGACCUGCCCAUGCCUUCUGUCCAAAUAGCGCCAAAUGGUCAGCCCAUGUCGGGGAUCGGCUUCAACAACCAAAUAGACGAGGCUUCAAAUUUCCUUUUCAGCGAUGAAGCCAUGUGGGUCGGCAUGUUUGCAAGUGCAGGGUUUAGCAUUCAGGACGGGGUAUUUUGUGGACAAGCCACAUAG